AAAUGGAGUCUUAUCAUUUAAUUUAAAAUUAAAUUGGAAUAAUAUAAAAAAUAAAGCAACAAAUAUUUUAGCUGAAAGUUGGAAUAAAUCACGUGGUAUAUCUCAAAUAGGACCAAAACCAAGUUUAUAUCUUGAUUAUCCUGGUUUGGAUAGCGAAAAACUAAAGAAAAACAUAAAUCUUUGGAACUUGUACUAUCAAUGUUUGGAAGAAUUUCUAAAAAAUGUUAAUAAAAAUAAUAUUUUUCAGGCAAAAGUAAUAACUGCAUUUAAAAGCUCAUCUUUGAGGUAAUUUUUAUCACUAUUUUAAAAAUGUAAUCAAUAUUUAAUAUGCUCUUAUGUAAAUGUAUAAAGUGUUUUUCUUCUAAUUUUUAGUUUAGAAUGUGAGCUCUGUAUUUCUCCCAAGAAUUUAAAUCAUAAGAAUGUCUGGUACUACUCAUGGCUAGGAAAUUCAAAGAAUUUAAGUUUAAUAAAUGAAAAUAAUUAUUAUCGAAUUUCAUCUUUGGAUCUAUCUCUAACUAUAAUUAAAAUGGACAAGUAUAAAAGUGGAUACUAUCAAUGCAAAUUAUCCAAUAGUGAAGCAGGACCAUAUUUCAUUGAACUUAUUAAAGAUGAAAUGCCAAUUACUUUGAUAAACAAUACUAUAAAGAACUACAAAAGUACAAAAAUAAUUUUGAAUGGUUUAGAUUUAAAUAUAAGGUAUCAUUGGACAAAAUGGUCAUCAUGCAGUAAAUGUGAAGAAAUGGGUAAAAAAACAAAAUUUGGUCAUUGUUAUGUAUCAUUAAAUGAAAUUACAAUUAAUAAAGCAAAUAUGAAACAUAAUUUAACAAAGAAUCACAAGGGUCAGGAAAUAGAUUCAUUACAAAACUUAUUGUAUGCUUUUGAUACUGGGUUACCAUGUCAAAGUAAUUUAAUAGAUAGAUUAUAUACAUUUGAUAAUAUAUUAAAGAAUAAGACACCACAAAUAAUGGUUGAAUAUUGCAAAGUAAAAUGUAACAAUAAUGAAAUUUUUGAAAUCAAAGAUUUUAAAGGGAAUAUAAAAGAAAGAGUUAAUAAUUCAGCAGACAUAUAUUCUCCAUUACAAAUUAUACCAGAAUUACCUCCAAAAGUUGAAACUUUAGUUAUAACUACAUUUUUGAAUAAACAACUGAAUAUCACAUGUCCUGGGAAUUUAAAUUCGGAUGCACCUUAUGAAUGGAGGAUAAAUAAUCAAAUUAUCUCAUCAACAAGCGGGAGGAUAAAAUCUGAUAUACUUAACAGACUCAUAGUUCAAAACAUAACACAAGAUGAUGAAAAAAUAUAUACAUGUUGGCAAGUAGAUUAUCUAGCUGGAAUAGUGGAGAUAAUAUUAAUUAAGGACUUUAAAAUUUCAAUUCAAGAAUAUUUACACCUAUAUGGAGUUUACUUUAUUUUAGGUAUAUUUAUCUGGGUUGGAUUUAAAAUUUGUUUUGAUAGAGAAGCAGCAACUUUUUUAUAAUCAUGUUACAUGUGUAUAUAUAUUUAAUAAUUAAUUAAACUAAUAAA